GACUAGGAGCUCGGCGAUCGAAGGACUGAGCGGAUCGACAGACACGUGGGAAUAGUAACCUCUUCUUCGAAUCUCUAUUAAGCUUAGGAAUUGACAGCAAUGUCUUUUAACCAAAAAUGACAGGCGGGAACGAAAAAAGAAAAUGGCGCGCAAGAAAAUGCGAAAUGGAAGAGGGGGGAAAAAAAAGAAGGUUCUCAAUAAGUACAGGAGAAGAAUACAGAUAGACUAUCCCGAAACUAUAAGAAGAGGAAAAGUCGGGACCAGGAUGGCUGCUGCACCGAGAAAUUGGUCAAGCCAGAAACAAAGAAGAAAAUCAAAAGGGAGGAGAGACAGCGGAGGAGAGGGAGGGAUGGAGGGAGAGACGGAAGAAAGAGAAGGGAAAGACGAGAUAGCAGGAGAGCAACACGCGAGAGGAAAGGAUCGUUGGAGGAUACAAAUAGUAACUGGACUGGACGGAACUGAGGAAGAAUGACGGUGUGGAUGCGAAAGCAGUCGAGAACCCAGGCUAGCCGGUCCCAAAGCUACUCUAAGCUUGG